CAUGACAUUUUGGAUGCCGUAGCCUAAAGGUGGAUCCUAAUCUUUGCUCUUUUCACAUGAGAAUGGAGUGAUUGAGAGUGCAGUCUCUGAGUGCACUUGUUGCUCUUCCUCAUCAUCAGUUAACGGACUGAGACCCAGCUCUAGCUCCACUGCAUUUACUCUAUCGCCAAGAUAUCCACUGUAAAAUUCCUUAGAGGUGUUUAGACGUGUCUCCGUCCAAGAUGCCAGUACUGACAAGGCCUGAGAUUGCCAACAAAUUUAAGGAGAAAUGGAUGCUGCUUCAUCCAGAGGACCGUGAAAACGCCAGUGGUUCUGUGAGUUUGGACGACAGCCUUACCAGCCUGCACUGGCUUCAGAACUUCUCCAUCCUCAGUGCCAAUCCAGAAAGGUUGCCAAGCUUCGGAUGCCACCCGCAGCACUUCCCUCAGCCCAAGAACCCUUCAGGGAGCUCUGACUCACCCUCCAGCCCCGCUGCAGGGGACACAGCAGCCAUGGGCAUGGCUCAGCCCCCGGGGAAUCCCACGCCAGCCUGUGGCACUUACGGCCAUCCACAGGCUGGACUCUAUGGGCACAGUGAGGAGAUUGACUACAAAACAAACCCUCAUGUCAAGCCCCCUUAUUCAUAUGCCACGCUAAUUUUCAUGGCCAUGCAAGCCAGCAAGAAGACUAAAAUCACCCUGUCUGCCAUCUACAGCUGGAUCACUGAGAACUUCUGCUACUACAGACACGCUGAGCCAAGCUGGCAGAAUUCAAUUCGCCAUAACCUGUCACUGAACAAGUGCUUCAUGAAGGUGCCCAGGCAGAAGGAUGAGCCAGGAAAGGGAGGCUUCUGGCAGAUCGACCCUCAGUACGCAGACAUGUUUGUCAAUGGCGUCUUCAAACGAAGGCGGAUGCCUGCCACAAAUUUCAACACCCAGAGACAAAGCAGAUUGCUCUCCUCUUGUUCUUCUUAUAGUCCUCAACACAACCAACAAACAGCGAUGGUCCACUACCAAGAGCCUGUAGCAGGAAACAAACGCAAGCAGGUGUUUCCCAAGCGUGGGGGCAAGUUGUCGAGAGUGUCCCAGUCACCACUGCUGGCCAGUGAGAUCAAAAGCUCAGACGUUCUCCGGGGGGACUUUGACCUGGCCUCUGUCUUCGAUGAUGUCCUCAGUGGGAACGGCAGCACCUUUGAGGACUUGGAUAUCAACACUGCUCUUAGCUCUCUGGGCUGUGAGAUGGAGGUGUCCUCCCAGAACCAGCACGUUCCCAGCCUGCCCAAAUGGUACAGCAAUGAGGACGAACAGGCUUGUGCUUACUUGGAGAUGAACAGUGGGUUGGGAUGCACCAUGGAGGACUUUCAGCAACAGCAGCAUCAGCAGCACAUACAGACCCAUCCACAAUAUUAUGAAGGAAUGGCACUGUUUUCAGAUAUUCCUCAGCAGCAGCAGCACCCCUGGGAGAUUAAAGAGGAAGUCCAAGCCAUCCCCCUGUCUCUGGACCAGGGCUAUGGUCUCUGUGAAGGAUUCUUCUCCGAGAUGCCUUUGUGGGAGAGGGCAGAGUCAUUUCCAUGAACAUUCCCACUCUUUCCUCAUUCACUGCUGGUCUAAAGACCUAUUGACUUUUGUUUUGCUACAUUAGCAUAAUGAAAUGGCUCA